CCCUACACAACCAAAACAAAACGACAGCUUGCACAUCCCAGUAAAGUCUUGCUAGUUACGUAACAUUGCUCGUAUGUCUUGCCUUACGGAACUGAAUUACUCUCUUACUUGAACUUCACCCAAGGAGGAACUGACAGCCAGAUGUUUGUCCUGUUCAGGCGUGGAUGUGCGUUCCGGAACCGUCAGUUUGCUGUAUCACGUCAUGUUGUGUCGUAUGUCCAAGGUCAAUCUCCUUCACCGAAAGUGCGAGAGUACUUUUAUUACAUUGACCAUCAGGGGCAGUUGUUUCUUGAUGACACAAAAGUGAAAAACUUUAUCACCUGUUUUAAAGACAAGCAGUUUCUUAAAUUUUUCUUCAAGAGACUAAAGCAAAACAAAACUUCAAGGUUUGAGGAAGACUUCCCAUUCAUUUCACCCUGCGGUCUUGAAAUGAACUACAUCCGUUGUGAUGAUGUGCCAGUUGUUUUUGCCACCAUUAUAGAAGAUGCAGAUGGUGGCAGUAGAUCACCUGGACUUUUGACUUACAGUGGAAUCGGAGAAACACUUACAUUCCCAUUUCAACCAGAAAAGGUCUGCAUGCUUCCUGAGAGUGGAAGAAUUUAUCACCCAGGACCAGAGAAAGUUGGUGGUGUGGCACUUAUUAAGUCAAGUCUUGCUAUUGAACUAAGUCCCCACUUUGAAUAUCAAAAAGGAAACCAAGAAAAUGAUCCUCCAACACAUUUCAACUGGAAAGGAAUUUGCCAUGAAUUGGACAAUUCAGUUUGGAACUAUUUAAGGUCCGCUGAGGUGGAGGAACUUAGAAAAAGAAAAUCACAGUGACAACUUAAUUUAGAUAUGUGAAACAGCAAGUCCUGUCAACUGGCAAAACCUUUUUUUUUGUAAUACAGUUACAUUUCAUUUGUGUUUAAGGCUACAAAAGAGCAGAAUUGUGCUCUAAUCUGUUGACCUUGUCAUGGCACAGGCCUUUUGGCUAUAACUGUGUAG